UAUUUCUGUCGUUUGCGGGAAUCGAAAGUAUUCGAAGUAAUGAAGUUGGCUUCAGGAGUAGAACGAUACUCUGCUUCGCUACUCGGUGCUACUCAAGGAUGGAAGGGAUUGGAGGGAAGAAGCUGGUUUUUGCUAUUAAUGGCGAGAGAUUUGAACUGUCCACUGUCGAACCUUGUACUACUUUGCUUGAAUUCUUGCGUACUCAGACGCGUUUCAGAAGUGCUAAACUUAGUUGCGGCGAAGGUGGUUGCGGAGCUUGUGUUGUUCUUCUGUCCAAGUAUGACCCUGUGCUUGACCAAGUCGAGGACUUCACAAUCAGUUCUUGUCUGACUCUUCUUUGCAGCUUAAAUGGAUGCUCAAUUACCACCAGUGAAGGGCUUGGAAACAGUAAAGAUGGAUUCCACCCAAUCCACCAAAGAUUCUCUGGUUUUCACGCUUCGCAGUGUGGCUUCUGUACGCCUGGGAUGUGCAUGUCCCUUUUCUCCGCUCUCUGCAAUUCUGAAAAGACCCCAAGGCCAGAGCCAUCUCCAGGUUUUGCCAAGCUCACAGUAUCAGAAGCUGAGAAGGCUAUUGCUGGCAAUCUCUGUCGAUGCACUGGUUACCGACCAAUUGCUGAUGCCUGCAAAAGUUUUGCAGCUGAUGUUGAUUUGGAAGAUCUGGGUCUUAAUUGUUUUUGGAGAAAGGAGGAGAACAAAGAUGUAAGUAAAUUACCCUUUUAUAGCCAUAGGGAUGGUAUUUGUACCUUUCCUGAGUUCUUGAAAAGGGAAAUAAAAAACAAAACCCUUUUGAAUUCAAAAGAGUAUUCCUGGUAUAGUCCUGUUAGUGUUGAGGAGCUGCAGAGCCUAUUGGGAUCUGAAGAAGCAGAUAACGGGACCCGGGUGAAGCUAAUUGUUGGUAACACCGGAAUGGGCUAUUACAAAGAGCUUGAGCACUACAACAAGUACAUUGAUCUAAGACAUAUCCCUGAGUUGUCUAUCAUCAGAAGGGAUAGCACGGGGAUUGAUAUUGGAGCAGCUGUGUCAAUCUCCAAUGCCAUCCAAGCUUUGAAGAAAGCAAACAAAGGUAUUCCUGGAUAUGAAGAAGCCGUCUUUAAAAAAAUUGCUGAUCAUAUGGAUAAGAUUGCAUCUGAGUACAUCAGAAAUACCGCAAGUUUGGGGGGUAAUUUGGUAAUGGCACAGAGAAAUCAAUUUCCUUCGGACAUUGCAACCGUACUUCUUGCUGCAGGUGCAUUUGUAGAUAUACAGAUUGGUACCAAAAGGUUAGAGCUUACAUUGGAGGAAUUCUUGGAGAGCCCUCCCUUCGAUUCUAUAACCAUACUUCUGAGUGUUAGAAUCCCGUUUUGGGAACAAAUAAGAAAUGUUUCCUCCAAAACCCAAAGCAGAUUGCUCUUUGAAACCUAUCGGGCUGCACCAAGACCCCUUGGAAAUGCACUGCCCUAUCUCAAUGCUGCUUUUUUGGCUCAGGUUUCUAACUAUGAAGAUUAUGAUGGUGUUAUCUUGGAAAGCAUUCAGUUGGCUUUUGGCGCCUAUGGGACUAAACACGCAAUAAGAGCAAGGAGGGUUGAGGAGUUUUUAACUGGCAAAUUGCUUAGUGUGGAUCUUCUAUUUGAUGCUAUUAAAUUACUCCGGGGAAUUAUAGUACCUGAUGACCAUGCUUCACAUCCUGCUUAUAGGUCAAGUUUGGCUGUUGGCUUUCUUUUUGAUUUUCUUCGUCCUCUGGUUGAUAGUGUUGGUGAAAUUCCCAAUGGUGGGAUAAAUGGAGCUAUUAAUGGCUUCCCAAUUGAUGCCAAAGUGGAGAGUAAUUUUGAUAAAUUGGAUAAUACUAUGAGGCCAGGUUUGCUCUCAUCUGCAAAGCAGGUGGUGGAAGUUGUCAGAGAUUAUCAUCCAGUUGGUGAACCAACUACAAAAGCUGGUGCCGAGAUCCAAGCUUCUGGUGAGGCUGUUUAUGUGGAUGAUAUUCCUUCUACAAAGGAUUGCCUAUAUGGAGCAUUUGUUUAUAGCACAAGGCCUUUGGCACGAGUAAAGGGUAUUACAUUGAAAUCUUCAUUAAUACCAGAUGGGGUUGUGGGGGUUAUUACAGUGAAAGAGAUCCCAAAAGGAGGUGAGAAUGUUGGAGCUCGGAGCAUGUUUGGUACUGAACCCCUAUUUGCUGAUAAUUUUACUCAGUAUGCAGGCCAGCCAAUUGGAUUCGUGGUUGCAGAUACGCAGAAACAUGCCAACAUGGCUGCCAAUUGUGCGGUGGUUGAGUAUGGCACUGAAAAUCUAGAACCACCUGUUUUGACAGUUGAGGAGGCUGUUGAGAAAUCCAGCUUUUUUGAUAUCCCUCCGUUCCUAAACCCAAAACCCAUUGGCAAUUUCUCCAAAGGCAUGGCAGAAGCAGACCACAAGAUCCUCUCAGCUGAGAUCAAACUUGGAUCACAGUACUAUUUCUACAUGGAGACACAAACAGCCCUUGCUGUACCAGAUGAAGACAAUUGCAUGGUAGUUUACAGCUCCUCCCAGUGCCCUGAGAAUGCCCAGAUUGUGAUUGCAAAAGGCCUCGGUAUUCCUCACCAUAAUGUCCGUGUAAUUACUAGGAGGGUUGGAGGAGGAUUUGGUGGAAAGGCCAUAAGGUCUUUGCCUGUUGCCACAGCAUGUGCACUUGCAGCUCAUAAGCUUCGGCGUCCUGUCCGAAUUUACCUUGAUCGCAAGACAGAUAUGAUAAUGGCUGGAGGACGUCAUCCUAUGAAAGUAAACUACAGUGUGGGGUUCAAAUCAAAUGGAAUCAUCACAGCUCUGCACCUAGAUGUAUUAAUUAAUGCAGGUAUUUCUGAAGAUGUAAGCCCAGUAAUCCCAUAUAAUAUGAUGGGUCCUCUGAAGAAGUACAACUGGGGAGCUCUGUCUGUUAAUAUGAAAGUCUGCAAGACAAACCAUUCUAGUAAGUCAGCCAUGCGGGCACCUGGAGAGGUACAGGCUUCAUAUAUUGCUGAGGCCGUCAUUGAGCAUGUAGCAUCUACUCUUUCCAUGGAAGUUGAUUCUGUCAGGGUCAAAAAUCUCCACACAUUUGAGAGUCUUAAAGUUUUCUAUGAAGGAGGUUCUGGGGAAGCCGUUGAGUAUACUUUGCCUUCUGUGAUGGAUAGGUUGGUUAGCUCUUGUAAUUUCCACCAAAGGUUUGAAGUAAUAAGACAAUUCAACUGUUGUAACAAAUGGAAAAAAAGAGGAAUUUCACGGGUACCUAUUGUCCAUGAAGUUAUGGUGAGGCCAACACCCGGAAAGGUGAGCCUCCUCAAUGAUGGUUCGGUUGUGGUUGAAGUCGGAGGUAUUGAGCUUGGCCAGGGCCUCUGGACAAAGGUGAAGCAGAUGGCAGCAUUUGCUCUGAGUCAAGUACUACUUGAUAGAAGUAGCAACCUCUUGGAGAGAGUGCGGGUAAUUCAAGCAGAUACAUUAAGCCUAGUUCAGGGAGGGUUUACUGCUGGUAGUACUACAUCCGAGUCAAGUUGUGAAGCUGUUCGCCUUUGCUGCAAGGCCUUGGUUGAAAGAUUAAUCCCUCUCAAGGAAAGGUUGCAGGAGAAUAUGGGUACAGUUUCAUGGGACAUGCUAAUUUUACAGGCACAUCUUCAAUCUGUGAAUUUAUCGGCCAGUGCUUUCUAUGUUCCUGACUUAACUUCCGCUCAGUAUCUAAACUAUGGUGCAGCUGUGAGUGAGGUGGAAAUAGACCUCCUUACUGGGGCAACCAUGAUUCUGCGAACAGAUAUUAUCUAUGACUGUGGACAGAGCUUGAACCCUGCUGUUGAUUUGGGACAGAUUGAAGGUGCUUUUGUUCAAGGGAUUGGUUUUUUCAUGCUGGAAGAGUAUCUGACAAACUCCGAUGGAUUGGUAGUAUCAGAUGGUACCUGGACAUAUAAGAUUCCAACCAUUGACACAAUACCCAAACAGUUCAAUGUUGAGAUAUGGAACAGUGGACAUCACCAGAGACGUGUUCUCUCCUCCAAAGCUUCUGGGGAACCACCAUUGCUUUUGGCGGUCUCAGUUCACUGUGCAACCAGAGCAGCUAUUAAAGAAGCCAGAAAAGAGCUUCUUGCCUGGAAUGGGUCUAAUGCAUCUCAUUCAACAUUCCAACUGGAGGUCCCUGCAACAAUGCCUGUUGUCAAGAAGCUCUGUGGGCUUGACAAUGUUGAGAGGUAUUUACAAAGCUUGCUUUCUAAUCAACAGAAGCUUAGUUUGUCGUGAAUAAUUUGUGUGGAUAUGCAACGUUCAUGUAGGUAUACAAAAUAAAGAUCAUAU